AGCUGUUUUAAAAGAGGACAGGAGGCGGAAAGAGGCAGAGGCAGUUCAGACAGAGAGCUAAAACUGACAAGGCAGCAGCAGCAGCAAGAGAAAGGAAUCCAGACGUUCUCCAAGUUCCUUCCCUGGCAACAUCAAGCCAGUGAAUCAGUGAAUCUGCUCAAAGACCAGAAGCAAGAAGAGCAAUCCGAUUAUAUAAGUGAGCUCUCCGACACAUCUAUUUAGAUACCUGAGGUCUUACCAUGAAGCCUCUGACAGCAGUUUUACUUCUGCUGUUCAUUGUAAUGUGCUUAGCCACUGCAGAAGGAUCAAAGUGCAAAUGCUCAAGAAAGGGUCCUAAGAUAAGAUUCUCUGCUGUUCAGAAACUGGAAAUCAAACCAAAGUAUCCACAUUGUAAGGAAAAAAUGAUCAUUGUAACUAUGCAGUCACGGUUCAGAGGAGGACAGCAGUACUGCUUGCAUCCCAAACUCCAAAGCACAAAGAGAUUAGUUAAGUGGUACACAAUAUGGAAGGAGAAACGCAGGGUUUAUGAAGAAUAAGAGGAAAACUCUUGGUAAAAGGAACGGAAUUUGUUUGGCUGACUUCAGGAAUGGACUCUGCAAAGAAUAUUUCUCUCUCACAGACAUAAGACACAAAUUCUAUAUUAUUAUAAAGCACUUUUUAACAAGGGUCAGUUUUUACAUUUUAUAGCUGUGUGCGGAAGGCUCCCAGAUUUGUCUCUUGCACACUUCAAAUUUCAUACCUGUCUGCUUUAUACUGAGAUUGUGAAAACUCAUGCUUUUCAUUUUAAAUAAAUGCUUUUUUUGUAUUCAUUCAUACAUCACUAUGAUUACAAUCGAGCUUUAUAAGCUCAUUAGACAAACAAUAUUUGUAGCGGUAUUAUAUAAUGGUGUCCCUUAUCCUUUUGUACUGGGAAAGCUUCAGUGGUGUGCUUAGGGUUUCUAGUAACGUUGUCCAACUAUGGUGGAAGCUGCACAAUAUAGGGACUGAGGAAGAGCUUGCUGUGUAACAUGCCACUGAAGUGUAGUGGCAUAGAUAACUGCAGAGAUGAGGUUCCUUAGUGGCUUGUCAAAUGGCUA